AUGACUUCCCAGUCCCAUGGAGCACCCCCUGUGCCCUCGUCUCGACCUCCGGCCUCUCGAGUUCCCGUCUCCGGCUACGACUCUCAUGACAGCCACUCUGUCAGCUCGUCUCACUCGUCCCACUCACCCGUCACCACCCACCACCACCCUGCUCCUCCUCCUCCCGCCUCUAGACCCGUGAGAGAGUCUGGCGUGGCUCCUGUGACCGCCCCUGAACCAAUUGCCGCCCCUGAACCAAUUGCUGCCCCUGAACCCAUUCCUGCUCCGGAGCCAAUUGCCGCCCCUGUUCCUGAGGGACUCAAGUCCGAGCACAAGCCCGUGGAGAGAGAGCACAAGCCUGUUGAACGAAAGCCCGUGUCUUCUCCCGCUGAGAAGUCCAUUCCCGCUUCCUCCCCCGUUCACAAGGCUGCUCCCACUCCUGCUGCCUCCCACGCAGUUCCUACCUCCCAGAAGUCUGCCAAGUCGACACCUGGCUCUUACGCCGGUAUUCCCUCGCUCCAACUCAUUGACGGAAAUAAGGAGUUCAACCCAGACGUCUCCUCUUACUUCAAAAAGGUGCAUCUUGACCGUGCUGGUCUUGACUACCAUGUAGUUGCCGUCUUCGGUUCCCAGUCCACCGGUAAAUCGACUCUCCUCAAUGCCCUGUUUGGCACCCAGUUCGACGUCAUGAAUGAAACCGCUCGUCAACAGACCACAAAGGGUAUCUGGAUGGCCCGUGCUCAGCUCGAGGCUCCCCACUCAGCCAACUCGGCUCACAGCCAGGAUUGUUCCGACUCGGGAGUGCUUGUGAUGGACGUCGAGGGAACUGAUGGUAGAGAACGAGGUGAGGACCAGGACUUUGAGCGAAAAUCGGCUCUGUUCGCUCUCGCCACCUCCGAAGUGCUCAUUGUCAACAUCUGGGAACAUCAGAUUGGUCUCUACCAGGGCGCCAACAUGGGACUGCUCAAGACUGUGUUUGAGGUCAACCUCAACCUGUUUGCCACCUCUCAGAACAGGUCGCUAAUCAUGUUUGUCAUCAGAGACCACAUUGGAGCUACUCCUCUAGCCAACCUGUCUACAACCCUCAAGACGGAUAUGGGUAAGCUUUGGGACUCUAUUAACAAGCCCGAAGGUCUGGAGCAUGCCAAACUAGAGGACUUCUUUGAUUUGCAGUUCACAGCUCUACCUCACAAGCUUCUGCAGCCCAACGAGUUCUACGCCGACGUGGAGCAGCUGGCAUGUCGAUUCACUGUGCCCAAGGACCCCAACUAUGUCUUCAAGCCCGUUUACCACCGAAACGUGCCUCUGGACGGAUGGUCUUUCUACGCCGAGCAGGUCUGGGACCAGAUUGAGCAGAACAAGGAUCUGGAUCUGCCCACGCAGCAGAUUCUGGUUGCGCGGUUCCGAUGCGACGAAAUCGCUGCCGGCGCGCUCGAUAUCUUCCUUUCUCUGCUAGUCAAAAUCCGAGAUCAGCUUUCUGGUGGCGCUGUGGCCUCUGCGGUGCUCGGAGGGCUCAUGGGAGAGGCUCGAAAACAAACAGUGGACGAGUAUGACUCCCAGGCGUCUCGAUACACUCCCUCGGUGUAUUCCGCGACUCUUGAAAAGCUGGAGGACCGCGUCGACAACGACUUGGGCAAGGUGUAUCAGUCGUAUCUCGCCCAGCUGAAGCGUGAAUCUCUGGAACAGUUCAACGCCGCUCUGGAGUCCUCUUCUGCUCUCACUUUUGGCGAAAACCUCUCUCGAGCCUCCAAAGCUGCCCAUGCUCAUUUCAUCGACAAUGCCAAGCAGGUGACUGCUGCCAUUGGCCAGCCCAAUUCGUCGCACUUCUCGUAUGACGACACACUGGCUGCUCUGGAACAGGAGCUGGACACUCUGCGUGACCACAAGAGCAAGGUUGAGAUUGACCGGCUUAUUUCGCGGUCUGCCAAACGGUUCAAGAGCUCGUUCCACGAGGAAUUCGACGAGAAUCUCAACAAGCCCGAUGAGACAGUGUGGGACCGAAUUCUGGAGUCCUUCGAAACGCUUCUGAAUGCGUCCAUCAAGAAGAUUGACCCCAACUAUUCGCCUUCCGCCCCCAGUGCGUUUUCUUUCGGCUUUGGUUCACCCAAAACUUCUGCCGAGGGUCUCAAACAGAUCCAGCAGGAGGCCUGGGCUGUUUUCGGUGCUGAGCUCAAGGAACUUUCCAAGGAAGAGCAAGUUCUCAGCCGUCUCAAAAACAAGUUCAAGGAGUCCUUCCGAUACGAUGCCAAUGGAGUACCCAUUGUGUGGCGUCCUGGAGAUGAUAUCGACGGCGCAUUUGCCAAGUCGCGAGAGCAGGCUCUGGAAAUUAUGCCACUGUUGUCGACUGCAAAAUUGAGCUCUGGGAAGUCUAUUGAGCCUACUGUUGCUCUUGAGGAUGACGAGGACGACGAUGACGAGACUGCGUUUGCAGUGAUUCUGACCCCAAAGAGACAGGCGUCGCUGAUUGAAAAGUUUAAGAAGCAGGCUGAGGGUCUGUAUCUUGAGGCCAAGCGGUCCACCAUUCAGUCCACUACCCAGAUUCCUCUUUACAUGUAUGGUCUGCUGCUUCUGUUGGGUUGGAACGAGAUUAUGGCUGUUUUGCGAUCGCCAGUCUACUUCAUGUUCCUUCUGGUGGCUGCUGGUGCCGCCUACGUCAUCCACACAUUGCAUUUGUGGGGUCCUCUGACUCACAUGACCAAUACCAUGAUUGCCGAGGCCACGGACAUGGCCAAGGCCAAGCUCAAGCAGGUACUGAACGAGGCUCCUACCGGCGAAACUAGGGAGCGAGAGGCUCCUGUGGGUUCGUCCAGAGAUGAUGUUGAGCUCAAGGACUUGUAA